AUGUCAAAGACCAUUCUCAGGGGCAAACCUUCGGUGCUGCUCAUCAACGCUUCCAUCGUCGAGGCCACGGAGACGGGCGAGCACUUCCUGCUGAUCAACAAUAACACCUUGAUCCAGGUACAGCUGCAGGAGCCAUACAGGGACAGCCAGCUCAACGAGCUCCUCUACGUCAUCAUUGUCAUCGUCUUCUACGCCACGGCGCUGAUGACCCUCAUCAUCACACAGAUCAAACGCCAGCGACGUGAGGGCACCGAGGUCGAUUACUACGACGAGUAUUUACAGAGGAACUCGGAAGUCAAACAAACUUGCCAGACCGCCACCAGUAUCGUGUCCCGACAGGCGCACCCACCCCCAGCCUUAGCUACUGCUGCUUUCGCUGCCGCUGCAGCGGGCACUCUCCUGGGGCGCGUCCCUCUCAUCCACGACGACGCCACUGAUAAUCUGUUGAAUGAGAGCGGGGUCGGAGAAUUUGCCGACAGUAAUUCUGGAGACGGCGUCCGGGCUGGGAUGGGUGGAGGGUCUGGUGGAAGCUUCGGUUCAAGGAUUCUAUAUCCCAGAGACAAGUCCCCGAUGUUAGAAAGUAUCCCAGAUGAAGAAGGAUAG